AUAUGAAAAAAAAUAGUAUGCUUCUUUCUGUGUCAGACAUGUUCAUAGAAAUGAAAAAACAUGCUUCCUUUUGCAGCAGCCAUCUUCAGUGCUACUGAGCGAGAAAGGAAAAUGGAUUAAGUAGCAUUUAGAUUAUAUUCACCUCCCUCCUGAGGACAGAGACAAACAAGACAGCCACCAUGAGCUGGUCAGAAAGUCCAAGACAUGAAUUAACUGAGUAUUAGCAGCUACUUAGUAGGAGGAGUAAAUAGGAAAAUAUUUUGCUUCAGUAUCCAAGCUGCUAAGAGAGUAUAGGCUAUAUGCAUAUGGUUUGCAGCCAGCAAAGACACUGGAUACUAUGAUGAUAAAAGCUUGGUGUUUUUUGUUUGUUUGUUUUGGGGGAUGGAUUAUGAUUAAUAUUUAGCACCCAACAAAGGGUUUUCAAAGACUUUUGUCCCGGGAAGGAUGGAGGCAACGUUACCUAUUAGCUCAGUUUUCAGAAGGGCAAAGCGAACCAUUGUGAGUUACCGCUUGGUUUCAGAUGCCGGUUGUGACACGGAUCAAUCAAGCCCGUAGUUCGCUGUCUCGCUCCCCUUCCCGUGUGUGUGUGCGCCGGCGGGGAAGGCAGAUCCGCCGCACAGCGCUGAGCACAUCGGCGACGGCACCAGCACCGGGACCGGGAAUAGGACCGGGGCAGAAGGAGGGGCGGCCGGGCGAGCCGCCGGGCAGGCGCAGAGCUGGAAAGGCGCAACAGGCGGGGCGGUGGGCGGCUCGGCGGCGGCGUGCGGAUGACGGGCGGCGCUGCCCGCUGAAGGAGAAGAAGUGGGGGUGCAAGCAGAGCGGCGGCAUGCGGGCGGAGGAGCCGCUGGCGCUGGCGGCCCCGCAGGCGGGCGGUGGCGAGACGGAGGCGACGAGUGAGGAGCAGGGAGGCGGCGGCUGCUGCAGCAGCGAGCGGCUAGUGAUCAACAUCUCCGGGCUGCGCUUCGAGACGCAGCUGCGGACCCUCUCCAUCUUUCCCGAUACGUUGCUGGGCGACCCAAGCCGCCGGGUUCAUUACUUCGACCCUCUCCGCAACGAGUACUUCUUCGACCGCAACCGACCGAGCUUCGACGCCAUCCUUUACUACUACCAAUCUGGAGGGCGGCUGCGGCGACCGGUCCAUGUGCCCCUCGACAUCUUCCUGGAGGAGAUCCGUUUCUACCAGCUGGGCCAGGAGGCCAUCGAGACCUUCCGGGAGGAUGAGGGUUUCAUUCAGGAGGAGGAAAAGCCCCUGCCCGAGCACCACUUCCAGCGCCAAGUCUGGCUGCUCUUUGAAUACCCUGAGAGCUCUGGACCAGCCCGUGCCAUUGCCAUUGUCUCUGUGCUGGUGAUCCUCAUUUCCAUUGUCAUCUUCUGCCUAGAGACCCUGCCUGAGUUUCGCCAGGAGCCCAAGGUUACCCAGCCUGGCUUCGGGGAGCCUGCUGUGCUUGAUGAUGACAUACUGCUGCCACCACCACUGCCAAGUGGGACCCCGCAGCCUCCAAAACCCACUGCUGGUGCUGGGCCUUUCUUCACUGACCCUUUUUUCCUCAUCGAGACACUGUGCAUCAUCUGGUUCUCCUUUGAGCUUCUUGUGCGUUUCUUCACUUGCCCCAGCAAGCCUGACUUCUCUCGCAACAUUAUGAAUAUCAUUGACAUUGUGGCAAUCAUCCCCUACUUCAUAACCCUUGGCACAGAGCUGGCCCAGCAGCAGCAGCAGAAGCAGCAGUCUGGGAGCAGCAGCAACAAUGGGGGCCAGCAACAAGCCAUGUCCUUGGCCAUCCUCAGAGUCAUCCGACUGGUCAGGGUCUUCAGGAUCUUCAAGCUCUCCAGGCACUCCAAAGGGCUACAGAUCUUGGGGAAGACUCUCCAGGCCAGCAUGAGGGAGCUAGGUCUCCUCAUCUUCUUCCUCUUUAUUGGGGUGAUCCUCUUUUCUAGUGCUGUAUACUUUGCAGAGACCGAUGACCCUGACUCACUGUUCACCAGCAUUCCUGAUGCUUUUUGGUGGGCAGUGGUGUCCAUGACCACUGUGGGCUAUGGGGACAUGUAUCCCAUGACAAUUGGUGGCAAGAUUGUGGGUUCCUUGUGUGCCAUUGCAGGCGUGCUCACCAUUGCUCUGCCUGUGCCUGUCAUUGUGUCCAACUUCAACUACUUUUACCAUCGAGAGACUGAUAAUGAAGAGCAGUGCCAGUACACCCAUGUCACCUGUGGCCAGCAGCAGUCACCCUUCUCUGAGCCCAAGAAGGGGGACAGUAAUCAGUCUCUCAGCAAAUCUGAAUUUUUGGAAGUGGAAGACCUGGAGUCCAUGAAAUAUUCCAACUUCAUUCCCCCUGGUAAUCCGGGUUAUAAAGAGAAGAAAAUGCUGACAGAAGUAUGAUCGGUUUUGUUAUCCUGGGUCCAGGCACAGAGCUGCAAGCUGCUGCACAGCCGUCUUCCCACUAGCAGUUGUAUUCAGCAUUUGCAUACCAGACUGUGAACUGUGAUGCCGUAAACGGAGUCAUUGUGAUAAUGGGCUCUUCUGUCCUGAUUUGCUGUUUCUCGUUACUGUGUUCUUGCUUUAUUCUGUGGAGUACUAGCUGUCAUUCCCUGCUCCCUCAUGGAUGUCUUUUUUUUUUUUUUUUUUUUUAAAGUCCAGUGUAAUCCAAUUCUAUCUUAGAAGGCUAACCUUUCUACUCCACUAGCAAAGAAGUCCUUGCAACAACUUCAUCUGAAGGCUUCUGCAGGGAGUAAGUAGUUAAAGGGGCUAUGAACAUUUGGCACAAGCUGUACCCUUGGUUCCUGUGCCAGCUUGGUGCCCUUGGCUGUGGGAUCAGUCACGCCUGCCACGCUAUUGCUUUUGAAUAAUAGAAAUGCUUUAGCUAGCCUCACUGUGAGUUCUGUAGGGAAAACUUGGCAAACAGAUUCUUUUCUUCUUUGUGACACUUGGCUUACAGAAGAUCCUCUUGUUUUGUGUUUCCAAAAAGUUGCAUAGAUCUAAAAGCACUUUGCUACUUCAUAUAUGUAUUUAUCGUCAGUGGGCAUAAAUAGUUUGACAGGCUUGUUGAAGAUUCUCUGUGUUUUGAUCUUGUUUGUGCCAGUGUCCUGAUGUUAAUUGGCUUUUAUAGUUCCAAGUUAACCUUUGUAGUGGUGCUUUCUCACUUUUGAGAAAAUUGUUUUGUUAUCUCCUCAAUUUAUCUCCACAAGUGUUUAGUGAGAAGUACUUCAUGCUUCAGCAGCCCAGUUCUGUAUUCAGGCAUGUGAACACAGUUGACUUCACUGUGUUUUUGUUGAAGUGUUUCUGUAGCUGAGGAAAGUUUGCAUGCUGGUAUUUUGUUGACAUUGCCAAAAAACUCAACCACCUGUGCUGCGUGAAAAUUCUGCUGAUACUGUGGGUCACAGUCAUAAAUUAUCCCUGGGUAAUUGUAUUGGCAUUAGAGGCUGGCUCUUACACCAGCUUCCCUAUGACAUCUGCAGAAACUCAAUAGCAUACACCAGAACCUUAAAAUGAGAGGAAAAAGAGGUAACCUUGAAGAGGUAUUUUUUGCUUUAUUACUGAUUCAGCCAGUUCUGGGUAUUUCUGAAGUUGAAGGCACAGAAAUGAUUUUUUCAUGCACUAGGUUUUAUGUGUGCAACUUACAGUAGCAAUGCAAAAUACAUUCCUUGGCCUGCAUUGCUGGGCUUGUCAAGGGACCAGAGAAUUACAUUUUAAGAUGCAUGUAUUUCAUCCCAGAUCACAUUUUUCUCUGUCUAUUCCCAAUUUUAAAAAGGAGAAACAAAUACUUUUAGAUUCAAUUGGUAAACUUUCAUGCAAAUACAUGUAUUGGUUUUGUUUUUAAAUAUGAAUGUAUGUUCUGCAUUCAUAUGUGUGCAUGUGUAUGAAAGCAAAGGCAGGCAGAAUCAUGGUACUAUAGAACUAUAGAAUGGCUUAGGUUGGAGGGACUUUAAGAUAAUCAAAUACCAUCACCCAUGCCAUGGACAGGGCUGCCAGCCACUGGGUCAGACUGCUCAGCAUCCCAUCCAAUCUGGCUUUGAAAUCCAGCAAGGAUGGAGCAUCCACAACUUCUCUGGGCACCAGCACCUUACCACCCUCUGAGUAAAGAUUUUUUUCCUAACAUCUAACUUAAAUCUUUCCCCUCUUUUAAUUGAAAGUUCCUCCUUUUUGUUCUGUCACUAUCAGACCAUGUAAAAGCCAGUCUCCCUCCUGCUUAUAGCCUCCCCUACAUGCCACAGUGAAGUUUUCCCAGGACCUCUCCAACUUAAAUAAGCCCAGCUCCCUCUGUUUUUUCUUUGUGAUAGAGGUGCUCCAGACCCUUGAUCAUCUUCAUGACCCUCCUCUGGAUCUGCUGCUGUAACUCCAGAACUUUCUUGUGCUGGGAGUCCCAGGCUAGAUGCAGAACUCCAGAUGAGGCCUCACAAGGACAGAGUAAAGGGUAUAAUCGCCUCCUUUGCCCUGAUGGCCAUCCCUCUUUUGAUGCAGCUCAGGGUACUGUUGGCCUUCUGGGCUGCAAGCACACACUGCUGGCUCACAUCCAGCUUUUUGUCCACCAGGAUCCCCAAGUUCUUCUCUACAGGGCUGCUCUCAAGGAGUUCUUUUCCAUGUCUGUACACGUAUCUGGGAUUAUCCUGAUCCAAGUGCAGAGUGUUGCACCUGACCUUGUAGAACCUCAUUAUAUUCUUGUGGGCCCAAUUUUGAAGCCUGGCCAGGUCCCUCUGUAUGGCAUCUCUUCCUUCUGUCAUAUCACCUGCACCACUCAGUGUGGUGUCAUCAGCAAACUUGCUAAUGGUACACUCAAUCCCACUGUAUAUGUCACUGAGAAGGAUGUUAAAGAGCACUGGUCCCAAGUCAGGCCCCUGUUGGACACUACUCAUCAUUGGCCUCUACCUGGACAUAGAUCCGUUGUCCACAAUCCUGUGACCAUCCAAACAAUUCUUUUCCACUGAAUAGUCCACAAAACAGAUGUAAUAACAAGGUGCAAAAUAUAUAAGAUAUGUUUUAUGUAUAUGCAUAUAUCAUGCUUUUCAAACAUAGGGCUGAGAUUGCUAAGGACGUGUCCUUUAAUAUCACCUAAGCUGGCAGGGUAGAGAGGUGGGAUCUGUUUGCAUCUUUGUUACCCUGCUUAUCUUCCACUGUCCUGAGAUUUGGCUCCAUGCCUAGAGUGCUUUUAUUGUGACUCUUCUCUUCUGGGUCCUGAUCAUAUGGUAGAAGUUGUUUGUGUAAGUCCUAACUGCUGCAUAUCUCCAGAGACCCAUUAUCUUCUCAAAGUUUUCUAAUGUACAAAGGACUCCCCUUAGGUCAGUGCACAGACAUUGCACUGAUGCCAUUUGUUACUGCAGAUCAGCCUGGGAGACCAUGUAUAGUGUGGUAUAGUGAUGGCUCUGUAGAUGAGAGGAGCUUGCCUGAAUAAAGAGAGCAGAAUGUGACUUCCAGGCUACCUCCAUGGAUGCCUGUAAGUGCCCAGUGAUUUUUUUGGUUCAUUGGAACUGAGACAAAUUUAUCUGAAUUUCUGGGCUUUGGGUUUUGUUCUGCAUCUCUUGAAGCAUGUAACUUGUGGGUCAGUAAUACUGGUACAGCAGUAGGAGUAAUCCCACUGCAAGGUGGGAUCUCUGUUGAUUUUGUGUAAAAAGUUGUCUCGGUCUCUGAAUUAAUUCUGCAAAAUGCUAUUGUUGUUCUUAGUUGUGUAUCAGAUUCAGUACAAUGAAAUAUUCUUCUGAAUGCAA